CGGAAAUAUUAAUCAUCGGAACUAUUUCUGUGUUACACUCAAAGACCCGACUUAAAUCCCCAAUAGGGCAUUUGACAUUGUAUUGUGCCAAAAUGAUACGAUUUUAUGAAAUUUCUCUACAAACAGAAUGCCGAGCUGUGUUGAACUUCUAACUCCAUUUGAGUAAUGUCCUCUUAUCUAGUUUGGUUGGCAAUAGCAACCACUGCUACCCAAGCGAGUAUUCCAGAGCUACAUCGCCAGUGAAUGACAGCAAGGAAGAAUGUCAGAUGAUAGGAACCAGUCAUGUCUGAUGGUAGCAGAAGACACCGUCAGCUUCUUAGUCUGUGUCUUUCAUUCUCUGGAGGAAUGGAUGGGCUUUGGUCAGGUGGAAGACUACCUGAGUUUCUUGGAAUACUUAUUGUGGGUCUUCACCCCUCUAGCAAUUGUCUUUAUCCUGCCUUUUCUCAUCGUCAUUCUCCUUUACCUCUCGAUACUUUUUCUUCAUGUCUAUAAGAGGAAGAAUCAGUUGAGAGAGGCAUAUUGCAACAACCUUUGGGACGGAGCCAGAAAGACACUGGCAACUCUGUGGGAUGGACAUGGAUCGAUAUGGCAUGGCUAUGAGAUCCAUGGGAUAGACAAGAUUCCCGACAAAGGACCAGCACUGAUAGUGUACUAUCAUGGAGCCAUUCCAAUAGAUUACUACUACUUCUUAGCCAAUGUCAUUAUCCAGAAAGGACGAACCUGCCAUUCUGUUGCUGAUCACUUCCUUUUUAAAAUACCAGGUUUCAAGUUACUGUUGGAGGUGUUCAGUGUGAUGCAUGGUCCCCAGGAAGACUGUGUACAGGCACUGAAAAAUGGCCACCUGCUGGGGAUCUCCCCUGGAGGUGUGAGGGAGGCUUUGUUCAGUGAUGAGACAUAUCCUCUUCUUUGGGGAAAACGUAAGGGCUUUGCCCAGGUUGCCAUUGACUCUAAGGUGGCCAUAAUUCCAAUGUUUACUCAAAAUGUCCGAGAAGGCUUCAGAUCUUUGGGAACACUGAGAUUUUUCCGUUGGCUGUAUGAGACAUUUCGUCUUCCUAUAGUUCCUGUUUAUGGUGGAUUCCCAGUGAAGUUCCGGACAUUCCUUGGCGAUCCAAUUCCAUAUGACCCGAACAUAACUGCUUCAGAGCUGGCAGAAAAAGUGAAACAGGCUGUCCAGUCCCUCGUAGACAAGCACCAGCAGAUUCCAGGGAAUGUUCUGAGAGCUCUUCUGGAGAGAUUCCACACUAAAUAUAAAGCUAAAUAGCAACAGCACAGAAUAAAAAUGGGAUAUAUAAAUGGGUGUGUCCAAAAGGCAGGCAAGGCUGGGAAAGUGCACUUGACUCCAGGGGGGAAAAAAAACUUGUGAAUAUUUCACGUAUCGUUUUUGACACAAGUUCUAGAACCUUGCUGGCACACAUAGUAAACUUAAGACAGUUGUUAUGUGCACAGUUUUGGUGAAAAACGCAUGACUGGUUCCAUCGUCAUACACGUUCUCUGUGUUACUAAGAUGUGUGUUAUUUUUCAGAGAGUUGUUGUUGUAGCCAAAUACGAUGGUCGUUAUUCAGUAUCAAGGUCCAGAAAGUGAGCCACAUCGGCCGGGGCGGUCCACAGGUGUUCCACCGUCUGCGUGGUCGGUUUUUGAGCACAGUUGAAGAGAUGAUGCAUAUCGUGGGGGGCGACGUCACACAACGGCCAUUUAUCGACGAUGUUGUCGAGUGGAUGCUGAUUGUUGUUGAGCAUGUGACACCAGCCCGAACGGAGAUGCGAUAACGUCGAUCUCACGGGCCGGGUAGCCCCCCAACACGAUGUUGGGUUUGUUGCCAGCGAUCCCAAAAUACGGAUGGUCAACCCUUUUUUCGGAGAGUCAUUUUGUGCAUUAACUUGCUUUCUACCUAUUCCCAAAGAGAGACAUUUUUUAAAAAGUAAAAAAGUUCAAAUUGAGUUUUAAGAAAAUUAAAUUAUGUAUUUUUUGAAGAUUGAAACAGUUCAAGAAGAGUUUAAAUAUCUUCAAGUCAGUCACUUCACUGCACUCAUCAUGCGAACACAUAAUUUAUAACUUUGAACACUCUGAGUAUGACUUUCCAAAUGUUUUACAGCCUUAGAUGUUGACACCUAUUAAUAAUUGGCUUCAAAUUGUUUUUUUUUUUAUUAAGUACCGUAUUUUCCGCACUAGGUGCAUCAUAAGGCUCACCUUCAAUGAAUGGCCUAUUUUAAUACUUUUUUCAUAUACAAGGUGCACCACAUCAUAAGGCGGAUAGAAUAGACGCUACAGUAGAGACUGGGGUUGCGUUAUGCAUCCAUUAGAUGGAGCUGCGCUAAAGGGAAUGUCAACAAAACAGUCAGAUAGGUCAGUCAAACAUGAUUAAAUUACAAACCAGCAUUCUGACAACUCCAUUCUCUCCCGAAAUGAAUAAAAGGCAGUUUUAUUCUUUUCCCCGAGGCAAAGUCAGUGACAUAUUAUUUUCGUGACACUGUUUAUCUUUUAACAACAGCAAGGUAUAACAUGUAGUGCAACAUUUAUAUCACAUAGUGGAGGGGAACUUUUCCUCGAUUCAGUUAACACAUAAAAAAGUCCGAUAUUGUUAUGGUAGAUCAAACGUUAGUGCAAUCACAAUAUAGUAAAACUCGAUAUAGUGCAAAGCAAUAACAAUUUAGCAAUAGCUAAACGUUCAAACAAUGUCCAUAUUCAUAAUCUGCCCAACCUUGUUCAGCUGUAAACACACAAAAGAAAUGUGUAAAACUCACUUUAUCAGUUCAUUCCUCAUCCACAAAUCCCUUCAAUUCUUCUUCUUCAGUGUCCAAAUUGAAGAGUUGGUCAAAUAGGGCAUCCAACAUGCCAGCUCCGUCUCGUCAAAGUCACCAUUUAUCGAGUCAGUGCCACUGCUGUUUCUGGCUGUUCAGUGACAAUUCCUGGCCAACUUUGCUCGGUAGUCUUUUGGCAGUUGCCGUGAAACAAUUGUUCGUGUGGGGAUGGAGAGAUUACAUCUUUUCAUUAACCGAAAGCACCAAAAAGGAUCGCCUCUAAUUUCAUAGAUGUUAAGUCAGUGUGCUGGUGCUGUGGCCUUCGUUCGAAGUAGUUAUUGUACUGACACUUCUACUUGCUGCUCUCUGUUCAACAACCCACUGUUUGAGUUUGUCCUCCAACUGUAGCUAUCUCGCUUUGUUCCCUCGGAAAUUCUGUUGUAUAUUUGGAAUAAACACCUAUAAGAUUAUUGAAAUAUGUUUUUGACAGAUUGACUGUUCAUCAAGACGAUGGAACUCCACCUAUUUUGUGAAAUGUUUUCUAGUAUGUUAACUGGAAUUGGCUGAGACUGCCCCCUUUCUUGUGAUUGGUUCCCUUUGUGUCAAAGACCCAUUUGUGAGAGCAUACGUAUUCAUGUUGACAGCACUAUGUCUUGGGAGCGGAAAGGCAGAGAGUUUGUGAUGUAGAUAAGCUCAAGAAAUUUUGUCCUCUCUCCUGAAAAAUAACUCUGGAAUGCGGGGAUGAUUUUAAUUCAUAUUUCAUAUUUACUGAGGCACCAUAAAGACAAAAUAACAUUCCAAGUACUUUUUAUGUACAAAUUUUGGUGUAAUUGGGACAGUUGUUCCAUGACUCUGGGGAACAACUUGAGAAUAGACUUUCACUGCCCAUAAACCAUCAGUGUCCUUGCAUAAAACCUAAAUAUUUGGUUGGUUGUUCCAAACGCUGCAAAAGUGAACCAUUUGAAAGGUGUAUAUUGUGUAAUAUCAGAAUCGGAUCUUAAUUCGUAUCAUUCCUAGAUCUCGAUUGCUUUGAGAUAUUUAAACAAAAUGUACAGAUUUUUUUUCUUUCCUUAAUCAUCCUACAUUGUGGUUUAGAUCCAGUGUAAUUUAUUACUUUCCUGUGCAUGUAAACAUAUAUUUGCAUGUAUGUACUAAUAAUUCUAUUGAUAAUUUCUUUUCACAAAAAUGCUUUCAAAUUGUA